GCGUCAGAUUGACGACGACGGGGAAGUCGCAGGAUCCCCAUUCCCAUCCGGCCGGCCAUCCCCAUCGCAUCGGCGGCGGCGAAGAAGAGAAGCAAUCGCAGCAGCAGCGAUGGGCGUGAUGGGGAGGUUCAGGAUCUUCGUGGUGCAGGAGCCGGUCGUCGCCGCAUCCUGCCUCAUCGCCGGCUUUGGUCUUUUUCUUCCAGCCGUUGUCAGGCCCAUCUUGGAUUCUUUUGAGACUGCCAAACAAGUUCCUCAACCACCUCUAAGUGAUGUGGUUGCUGGUGUAACAGGCAAGAAAUGAGAGUGAUUUUGUUUUAUUGCUUUCCUUUUGUGUGUGUUGGACUUGCUACUACUGCAGGUGGUUGCUGGUGUGACAGGCAUUGUUGUUUCUUAGUUUUACACCUUGAUGAUAAGGCUCUUAGACUAUCGCCACGUGCAUUCAAUACUUCCAGAAGUUCAAAGAGCAGGAUGAGCCCUCAUGUUUGUCGAAAUAAUGGUUGCAGCUGAAAGAUAUUUUUUUUGGCCCAGUGGUAUGAGAAAAUGACAGAAAAAAAAAUUGAUGAACAUUCUUUGCCCUCUGAAUAUUGUGAUGUCUUGUCUGUAUAAGACAAUUUGAGGUAACUGUCGGCAGGAUGAUGGCCAGGUGAAUAAGAUGGGUUUGUCCGCUUUGAACUUUGAAUUGUUGAAAAUUGUACGUUGGUGUUGGUCCUGUUCGUCCUUGAGACCUGAUUAUUUGAAAACCUAGUCUGUAACAUUGCCUCUCA